ACUUUCAACCAUUAAUCAAUUCGUUUUCACUAUUUAAAUUCACUAACCAUCACUCCUUGUUUAAAAACAAAAGCCAUGUAGCUCGCAAGGUUUCCUUCAUCUUACCCAGUAUAGAAUAGUGAUACAUAAAACAUAGUAUAUAAAUGUAAAUAACAAUACGACAUUGACUAUUUUUAACAAAAAGCCAAAAACAGAAAUGAAAAUCAUGCAGAUCUGGAGGCACAAUUUCAAAUCGUUUCUUUCUACCUUACCAGACGUGCAUGUCGGAACACGGGUCGGCAAUUGUCCAGGUGAUAUAAAAGUUCAGAAAGAUGUACCUUUUAAUAAUUUAAAACCACAUGCUCCUCUUAAACAAAAAGAUGAUAUUUGGCAUUCCUCGGAAAUACAUACUCUUCCUAUUUCUGAAAUAAAUGACCCAAGAAAAGUACCGGACUAUGAAAUCAAAUUUAAACAGUCUGUGAAAACCGAAGAUAUUUUUUUAAAUAUGGGUUUUAAAACACCUAGCACUGCAUCUUGCGAAUGGAUUUCCGUGUUAAUAAAACUUCCUCAAGAAGUUCAAGAGAAGAUCGAAUUAUCCGUUGAAUCAAAGGUAGUUGAUGUGCGUAGUCCUAAAUACCGAUUGCAUCUUCCAACACCUCAUGAAGUAAAUCCUAAUGCAUCAUAUGCAAAGUGGCAUAAUGAUACUGACAUGUUAGAACUCACUUUACAACUCGUUCGAGAAUUAGAUGACAUAAACUUUUAAUAAGUACAUCAACAAAAAGACAUUUGAUUUGGAUUAAAUAUUAGUAGGAUACAAUAAGUGAAAAAGAAGAAGAGGAACAAAUUCAAAUAAACAAAUAAACAAAUAAA